CAGCUUGUUCCCAGUGUCCUAGAAUGGAAUGGAACAAUGAGACUCACAUCACCAAAAGUAUAGGCUCCUGUCCAGAACUUUGCAUUCUCUCUGGGAGCAGUGGGCAGAGGGAGAUGAUAAAAGUAGGUAGAAGUUAGCCGAAAACUUGAAGGGCCCUCAACGGAGAAGAGAGCAGAGAGACCCUGAGUUUUGAUCCUCACCCUGUAGUAAAACAGACCUGUAAUUUCAUGGGAAAGUUUAUAGGUCAUUUAUACCCAGGGCUAUAUCUUUUCUCUUAUGGACUGUAUCAGGCCGCAGUGGUCUCUAAGGCCAUGAUAGUCAAUGACUCACUCCUCUAUCUUUCAUGCCCCCCCAGGAAUAAGGGAAGAUGGGCCGGGCUGUGGGGAAUAUCCUACGGAGGUUUGCUGAAGCUGGUGACUGGCUCCAUCUUAACAGUUUAUGUGGUCUUCUGUCUUGAUGAUAUGAUGGUGCUCAUGGACAAGAAGUACCCACCGAGAUUUCUGUACCCCAAAGAGUGGCAGCAUCUCACCAUGUUCAUCCUCCUCACCCUCAAUGGCUGUGUAGAUGUCAUGAGCAGGAAUUUGCUGCCUCAGAGGUGUGUGCUUCUAGAAAAAGGUUCCCUGGUCCUGACCUUCUACGUGCUCCUGCUCUUGUUGAUAUCACAUGUCCAAGACACAACAGGGAUAGAGCUUCAGAUUCAUUAUCUGCUCAUCUUGGUGGUGUUCCUAUUGAUGCUGGUGUUGACUAUAGAGCUGUGGACUCCCGACACAUUUCAACUCUUGCUGAUUGAGGCUUUUCUGUUUCUGAUGAUGGGCUCUUGGCUGAUGCAGGCUGGCUUUAUUCUGUACAGGCCAGUCACUGGCUACCCAUGGCAGGAUGAUGACAUCAGUGACAUCAUGUUCGUCACCACCUUCUUCUGUUGGCAUGUGAUGAUCAAUGCCUUGUGUCUGCUGGGAAUCUAUGGCCUCUCUGCCCUCUGGCAUCGUUGUCACUGCCCCAGCUUGAAGCUGAUGGGAUCCAAAGAAGCUCCAUAUCACAAGGGCACAGUAGGACCCCUGUACAAAUUGCUGCAGGAAGUGGAGCAGUCAGAGAAAGAUGAGCAGGCUCUUCUCCUUUCAAAAAGCUCUUCCUGACACAGGGCCUAGAAUGCCUGGCACACUGUCCACCCAUCUGCCUCCUUGCGGGUUCUCUCAGACAUGGGCACUGCACCCUUUUUGGUCUCCAGUGAAGGUAAUGGCCAUGAAGGAGAGCAGCUGAUCUCCAUCUGCUGGUACAUCUCCUCCCUUUGAACGUCUAAUUGCUGAGGAGAUGAGGAGAGAGGAGCCUGGGAAAGGGUUGCUGAUGGGACUCGUGGAGCAGUGGGGAGGGCACCAGGGUGGGUAGGUAAGGGUGCAAGAAGAGCUAUGGGGGGCAGAAGAUGUAAUAGAAGGGAGGCCUUCAAAGAGAGAGCAGAGUCCAGCAGUUAU